UAGCUGGAAAGUAAUAUCGAGUAAUAUAGCAUCUUGAAUCGGUACACUGAACGCGGAACACUGAGUCGUGGAGCCACGUUUGAAAUACGUGGACUGUUGUGGAAUAUAGUCCCGCUGAUAACCGUUUACGUGGGCAGCAUUUCCAUCCCUACAAUAAGGUGGCAGAUGUGAGCGGGAGCUGAUCACAUCACAUCUGGUACCGGGAGGAGGGUCCCGGGCGCACGCACCGUACACCUGCCUCAGUCUCUGCGUUCGCCGCGGGCGAGGACGGUCUGGGCGCGAUUGACUGCGGCUUCGUGGGCUGCUACUCGGAUGAACUCGGCCGGCUCAGCGCAGACGGUGGAGAUCAGCGAAGAAUUGGCUAGGUAGGAAGCGGGCUGCUUCUCGGUACAGUAGUAGGGACCUAGCAACCUUGUUCUUCGCCCAUUCUCUCCCCACCCCGCCCCAGUUAAUGCAGACUCCUCAGACGGGAGUCGUUCCCAUUGCCGUUCCGCGCCGUAGGGCCGAUCCCGUACAUCACGGGGGAAUACAACGCAAGCCGUGAACUACCGGGAAUAACCACUGUCUAGGCCGAUCUGAUGCGCAAGGUGACUCAUUCCCCACACCAUCCCUGUGUGCCGACAUCUCUAGCGGUUCGCUGAUCCACUCGCUUCAGGGUCGAAGUCAUCUUGGGUUGCAUACAAGGACGGUGACAGCGGGUACAACGCCGUCUCUUUGUGGCAUCCGAGCGAAGCACGUCUCUCUCCCCCGGCUUCUGAGAUCAUCUCGAAUCACAGAAGUGUCUCGGUGGAGUCGGGGUGACCAAGUUAACCCGCCAGAGCUGACCACACAUGUUUCUGAAUUUUCAACUGAAGGAAGGAAAAGGAAAGAAGAAAGCUUUACACUGCCCUGGGAUUUUGUGCCAUGAGAAAUGAUUCACUUGUGCUUUUCCCUCGCUGUUGCGUUGUUAUGCAUCAUAACAGGGACUCUUUCAGAUUAUUGCAGCGAAACAAUUCGCUAUUCGGAUGCUAUAGUUUCUCCCAACCUGAAGACGGCCAAAAUCCUAAGGGUUCCGCCAGCGGUUUCGAUGUCUGAAUGCAUAUCAGCUUGCUGUGACUUCGCUGACUGUGACUUGGCUUGGAUGUUUGAGGGUCAUUGUUACAUUUUGAGCUGUCAGAAUGUGGAGGAAUGUGAACCAAAGAAGACCAGCACCAUGGAGUCUUACUUAACCUUUGUGCGCAGGUCGAGCAUGCAGGCAGCUUCUUACAAAAGCAGGGGAUAUUCCAUGGGGAUGCAGGAAGAAGCAACUUCAGUGGAGGGGGACAGUAAUCUGGAAGAUCUCUAUGCGAAACACUUGAGCUUCGAUGAUGCUAUAGCAGCAGAUUCCACAGGAAAUGACAAGGAAAUGCCCAUUACUGGUGGGAAUUUACAGGAUUCCAGCAAAGAUCAGGAACCGAUACGUGGUUCACAAGGCUGGUUUAUGUGGGACUCCAAAUAUGAUCUCAAUGUGUCUCCAGUGACCACUGGUAAGCUUGGUGAUAAAAAUGAAGAGGUUAAGUCAGCUGGGAUUCACGGCAGGGUUCCUCUAGAUGUGGCUGCUCCAAAGAAUGGAUCUCAGCUAGAAGAGUGGGGCGACGAGACAAAGGAGGAGGCAAAAGAUACUGUGACGUUUCUCCCACUGGAGGUGGUGCGUAAAGAAGAUCUUCAGCACAGUUCAAAUGAAACUAAAAAUGGCAUUCAAGAGGAAGGCGUCUUUUCUUCAAAUUCAUCACUUCCCAAAUCAGUCACUGCGAUUCCUGAUUCAGGGACCACCAACUUUGCAGUCACACAUCAGGAAAGGCCUGGAGAAGGUGUACAAGUUGUAACUCCCAUAUCUGAUAAUUCUCCAACUUCACAGUCUACUGUCACAGAGUCUGCAGAAAAUAAACAACAAGUGAAGGAACUGAUUGUAUCAGCUGGAACUAAUGUAGUGAUCGCUCAACCCAAAAAUUCUGUGGAACUGAAUACCUUUGUCCUUCCUGCUCCAUCUGCAGAAUCACCUUACAGUUACAAAUGGAGUUUAGUGAGCCAUCCUGUGGGCUUCGAAGGUUUGAUGGAAGGCAAGGAUUCUCAGACACUGAAGCUAUCUCAGCUGUCAGAGGGCCUGUAUGUUUUCAGAGUCUCAGUGUCUGGAGAUGGUGCUUAUGGAGAAAGCUUUGUCAACGUCACGGUGAAUCCUGCCGCACGUGUCAAUCAGUCUCCAGUGGCCAUCGCCUCUCCAGAGGUGCAGGAAGUGUCCUUGCCUACAAUGUCAACGUUUAUCGAUGGAAGUCGAAGUACUGAUGAUGACAGGAUUGUUAGCUACCACUGGGAGGAGAUUAAGGGCCCUCUGCGAGAACAGAAGGCAUCAGGAAACACAGCCAUUUUGCACCUGUCCAACCUAGUUACUGGUAACUACACGUUUAGACUUACUGUUCUAGACUCAGAUGGGGCCGAGAACUCAACAACCGCCAGAGUUAUUGUCAGCAAGCCGAUGGAUUAUCCACCCAUUGCCAAUGCUGGUCCGAACCAAGUGGUAACCCUGCCGUGCAAUAACAUCACCCUGAAUGGGAACCAGAGCACAGAUGAUCACAAGAUUGUGAGCUAUGAGUGGUCACUUGGUCCUAACAGUAAGGGCAAGGUCGUUGCUAUGCAGGGUGUGCGGAGCCCUUACCUUCAGUUGUCAGCGAUGCAGGAAGGCGAUUACACGUUUCAGCUGACUGUCACAGACUCUGCAGGACAGCAGUCCUCAGCAGAAGUUACUGUCAUCGUACAGCCUGAAAACAACAGCCCUCCCGUGGCAAUCGUGGGCCCUGAUAAAGAAUUAAUAAGCCCAGUUGAAAGUACUACUCUGAAUGGAGAAGGGAGUACUGACGACCAGAGUAUUGUGUCAUACCACUGGGAGAAAAUCAGUGGUUCUGAUGUGAAGAUUGAAGGUAAAGACAAGGCUGUAGCCACAGUCUUGGGACUUGAGGUUGGGACGUACCAGUUUAGACUGACUGUCACCGACCAACAGGGGCUGAACAGCUCAAAGACUUUGACAAUCACCAUCAGAGAAGAGAUCAACAAUCGUCCUGUGGCUAAUGCUGGAGGUAACCAAAUUUUGACAUUACCCAACAACUCCAUCACUCUGGAUGGCUCCCGAUCUACUGAUGACCAAGCCAUUGCAUCUUACCUGUGGACUCGAGGCGGCCAGAGUCCAGCUGCAGGUGAGGUAAUGCGCGGUUCAGACCACGACGCAGUACUUCAGCUGGCCAACCUCGUCGAAGGGAAGUACAUUUUUCACCUGAAAGUCACGGAUGCAAAGGGGGAGUCGGACUCGGACAGCGCCCUUGUUGAAGUGAGGCCAGACCCAAAGAAGAAUGAUCUGGUAGAGCUGGUGCUCCAAGUUUGCGUGAGCAACCUGUCUGAGCAGCAGAAGGGCACCCUUGUGAGGCAGCUGGCAGUCCUGCUCGGGGUCCUGGACGAGGACAUCAACAUCCAGAAGAUUCAGGCACAUUCUGAGUCCAGCACAGCAUUAACAUUUUACGUCCAAGGUGAGCAGCCAGGCCAUGUGUCCAAAGGGGUGGAUGUGGUGAGGACUUUGCAGAAACAGCUCGUAAGAGAGAAGGUGGACUUUUUGCUUUUUAAGACCCUGAAUAUAGAUACAGUUGUCUGCUUUCGGAAGUGCUCUGGUCACGGGGACUGUGACCCGUUUAGCAAGCGUUGUGUCUGCUACCCGUUCUGGAUGGAGAAUCUGAUACGGCGUUACGUUGGUGACGGAGAAAGCAACUGUGAGUGGAACAUAUUAUAUGUGAUUCUGUCAAUGUUUCUAACAAUCAUCGUCAUUGGAGGGAUUUGCUGGACUUGUAUUUGUUGUUGCAGGAGAAAGAGGACAAAAAUAAGGAAGAAAAACAAGUAUACUAUUUUGGACAGUAUGGAUGAUCAAGAACAGGUGGCAUUGAGACCUAAAUAUGGUGUGAAACACAAAAGCACCGAACACAAUUCGAGUCUAAUGGUAUCGGAAUCAGAGUUUGAGAGUGAUCAGAACAUACUGUUUAGCAGAGAAACCAUCGAGACUGAGAACUUUAAAGCUGGAAUGAAUGGCUCUCUCAAAAAUGGAGUAUCUUUAAAUUAUCAUCCCAAAAACAGAUAAACUUGCUGAAUUGGAAAGCUUAUUGGUGAAGUAUUUUUUCCCAACAGAGCGGAGGAAGAAAAAGAAGUGGAUGAUUCUAAAGACAUUAAAGUGUUUUUUAAACUGCAGAAUUUUGGCAUACUCUGGAAAAGACUAAUGGAAGGUCUGAAGGAAAAGUUGAAAAUUUUGGAUAGGUUCACUACGAUGAGCAAUCCUUAACUGCAGAAUGGUUUGCCAGAUUGUAUCCCUUGAAAGACUUAUCAUGUCAGCUUCCUGUAGCUUUAUGAUUCCAGCCAUUUCUGUUAGUUCUGUGUGCAAAUGUGAGCUAAGUCAGCAGCUGCAACAUAAAGGGACCUGGAUCAAACCUCUUAAGUGCUUUCUCUACUUACAUUGAAAUACCAUUUGAUGAUGUUUACAGUCUUGCAAACAUAAAGUGCAUUUGAAAAACCUCAUGAGGUAUUUAAUGAUAGACAUUAAGGCUGCAAAAUGAAAAGUAGCUAAAAUUAAAGUUCUUUGUAUUUGUAACCAUGAAAAACUAUUUGUGCUCUAAAGUGCAUGUGCAGGAAUCUUCCUGUGCAAAACCUCUAAGGAUCAGUUGACAUACAGAUGAAAAACUAAAAAACAAAGCUGCAAGAAGAAUUACUAAUGCAAAUUAGAAACCUCAUUUGGUAUAAUUGUCACAAUUGAAGCUGGAGGAACAAUUAAUAAUUCCCCUCUGAGUUUAUGCAAUUGUCCCCAGUGAGAAACUACUCCUGAUAUGUAUUGUGCAUUUUCUGGAAGUGUCACACUCAAAAUAACUGGAUGAAUUACUUUUUAUAUCUUAUAAACUGGGGGGACUGGACCGUUUGUCGUAUAGCACUGAGAUUAAUGCAUUGGGUUAUGGACACUAAGCAGGAUAAUGGACAGCCAUGCUCUUCGACCAGUGUCAUGGUAUCUUUAAACUACAGUGUACAAAAACAAAAAUUGAAGAAAUAAACUGACAGGCUUAUCUGACUGGUGGUAAAUGAACUGCCAGUGCCUCCCUUUAAAUGUCCAGUUCUGUGUUUCCCUGCAACUCCCUGUAGAGGAGCAAACCCCAGCAGCCAGUUGAUAGGCUACUUGAGAGAUUGAGUUGGGAAGAGGACAUUCUCUUGCCUGAUAUCUUGGGCAUUUGCCCUGUGUCCCUGUGAGCACUGCAUUACUCUUGCUGAAGAAUUUUUAAUUAUUCUGUAUCAUUGUAUGAAUCUGUUUCUGCUGGCUUUUUAAAUUACAUGAGGAAAUGUGGACGUUGAAGAAAUAUAAUUUGUUAGGCCUACAUAUUCUCUCACAAGCCUAAAACUGAGUUUGGAGAAGGCAGGCGAAAUACUUUUUGCUGUGGAUGAGUUACCUUGAGGAUUUGGAUGAACAAUAAGUAAUUUAAUCUAUAGAAUAAGAUGCACUUCAUUGCCUUUUGACCAUUCCAUCCUCCAGUAUCCUGAUAGGAAAGAAUUACAGCUUUAGUAAAUUCUGCUUUAAAUGUUCCUUCAUGUCCCAGUGGAAUCAGAUCGCCAACAUGCUUGCAUCAAUGGCAUUAUACAUCAUUUAAAGAAUUCCAGAACAAAAAACAUCCACCCUCAAGGUAACAGAUGAUUAAGAAAACUUCAUGUACCAGUGAUUUUCUAUGUUGCUCCCAAACCUGAAUUAAUUUUGCUUCUGUACAAUUUAGCUGUCAAUAAAUUUACAAAUUCUUUAGCCUGAACUAUUCAGUGUACCAUGGUAAUAUUUUCUGCUGCUUUGGAGGAAUUACGAACCAGCAGAAGGUCAAAAUAGAACACAGUUAGACCAGCAGCAGAGAGUACAGAAUCAGUAUCAUGUUCCCCUGGAUUUGCUCUUCACAUUCCUUUAUAGGGAAGUAUCCAGUUUUUGUUAAAAUAUACACCUUCCUUUUUCUCUUGAAUGGUGCAAAGGCCUUCAGGUUUACACUACAGAAAACUUGCAAGUGUAUUUAGGUUUUAGGGUUUUGCCACUGCCAAGCAGGUUAUUUUGCAUAAGAAUAUUAAAUAAAUACAAAUAAUGCACCGAUUACCAAUUAAUAAUGGCUAACCCAAGUAUCCAGGAGUCACUGAAACAAACAUAACCUGAACAAUAUUGAUUCUUUAUCCUUUACUCUGUUGUACUCUCUCUUCAGUUUUUUUUCCUUCUUUCUUGUAGGCAAGGUCUGUAAUUCAGUGUCAAAUAAGGAACAGAUCAUAACUACACAAAUUGUUCUAAAAUCAGAUUUAUAUCUGCACAUAAAAUAAGAUUACAACAUCUUUUACAUUAAGGUAUUGCCAAAAGACAAAAUACCUUUAAGGUAUUAACUGCAACAAAUUAGUCAAUUAAUAUUUAUGUUUGCUAGGAAAUGUUUACGUUUAUGGGCCAAAUGGCCUAAUUGUGUUCUUAUAUCUUACGGUCCUUUCAAAGGUCACAGGGAGAAGGCUGGAGAGAGGGGCUGAGGAGGGGAAAGAAGGAUCAGCUGUGAUUGAAUGGUGCAGUAGAUGGGCCAAAUGGCCUAAUUCUGCUCCCAUGUCUUAUGGAAAUUAAAUCCAAACAUAUUUGACAUGGCAAAUAAAAUAAUUUAAAAUGACAGUAAUCACAAUUCUAUGAAAACAUUUUGGCAGUUAAGUGUUUUUAAAUUCAACACACAAUUAGAAAACAUUAUCUAUCACAUUUUUUGUAACAAUAAGGAGUCAUCAAAAUGGGAUCUUAAGCAAUGCAGCCUAAAGUUUAGAGUAAAAUUUAAAAACAAUUUAAAUUCCUAAUGGGUAAUCUACUCAAUGAUUGUAAAUUGGUGAAUUUCUAAAAUAUUCAUAAACAUUUCCAGAAAAAAAUAAGUGCUAACCAACAUUUAGCAGAUUUACAUGAUUCAGCAGUGCAAAAAAUAUAUACCUUGACUGUCUAUAAUUAAAAUACAAAAAUUUU